CAAAUCCAUGCUGCUUAUUGUAAAUUAGGAAAGUAGUUUGGUGAUCAAGAAUCGAUUUCACAAAAUAUAAUGAUCGCUUUAAGAAAAGCAUUCCAAAUUGCGAAAAUAGGUCUUCGCACUCGACACAUCUCCUCGAAUGUUGUACGUCAUGCGGAAGCCGCCACAGUCUCCUCCGGUGUAGAAAAGCUGACGAUACCGGUACCAGAAGGAACAGAAAAACCGGCUGAUCCGAAGUUGGUUUCUAUCGUUGACAACAUUGCGAAACUUAACUUGCUCGAAGUUUCCGAACUGAGUACGUUGCUGAAGCGGAAACUUAAUCUGCCCGACGCGGCAAUGAUGCCGGCAGGAUUUGGUGCAUUUGCCGGAGCUGUGCCAGCACCAGCCGCAGACGAAGAAGAAGCGGCCCCGAAGGUAGUGAAAACUACCUUCAAAGUGAAGCUAGUUAAAUUCGAUGAGAAGCAAAAGGUUGCAUUGAUUAAGGAAGUUAAGAACCUGCUGGAAGGAAUGAAUUUAGUUCAGGCGAAGAAGUUUGUAGAAAGUGCACCAACAGUUGUGAAAGAAGACGUUUCAAAGGACGAGGCUGAAAAACUGAAAGAAGCCUUCACUAAGGUGGGCGCAGUGAUUGAGGUGGAGUAAACAUAGUGCAGCAAACAUUGUAAUUAGCUCGUAAGAUUUAAUAAAAUAGUACACUUGAAACCUA